AUGGCAGCAUCCGCCGAUCCCAUCAAGCCUCGCCGCUCCCUAGCUGCUGCUGCCGGCGUCACCAAUGGAGGAGCCCUCGUCUCGGACUCGACACCCUCGGCCAACGGCGCCAUGUUGAGCGAGCCUCUGCCCCCGCGGAGCGCCUCGUGCGAGGCUGACAACCCGACUGCGAGAGGACGCUCCCAGUCCCCGGCCUUGCCCGGCCGGCGCGGCGACGAGGGGGCGGGGAGCCGAGGCUCUGGCUCCGAGUCGCACUCGGCCAAGCGUCGGAGCGGCAGCGGCACCGUCACAAAAGCGCUGAGCAACGACAACGUCGCCCGGCUGUCUGCUGCAGAGGUCCGGCGACUGACGAGCGCUCCCGAGUCACUGCCCGUCGCCCCCGCUCCCCAGCGCCACCCCAUUGCCUAUGACCUCGUCUCGCGGACCCCCGAGCAGCUCCAGGCCAUCCGCCAUCGUCUGCUUCAACCGCAUCACAAGCAGCAUUCCGUCAACCCCCGAGCCGACGACUUCGGGGCAACAGGCUCCUGGCCGAUCGACGACCCGGGAUACCGGCCGCAGUCACCCAGAACCGUGUCCACGCCCCCGACGCCCCGAGUCCCCGCCGUCGAUGACUUGAAUGGCGCAUCCGCCCUGCGACGAUUCUCCUUCGGCCCCGCCGCCCGCCGACCUCCUCCCCUGGAUAUAGGCAGCAAUGAAUUCGCCAACGGUCUUGCGUCUUCGCCUGCGGUGCAAACGGCCAACGCCCAGCAGCAGCAGUCUCCGGCUGCCCCUGGCAGUCCCGGCCCGCGGCUGCCCUCACCUGCCCCGAGCAUGAUCCCGCUUCCGCCCAUGUCCCUGCCGACGCACCUACAACUCGAAUUGGCUGCACAGCGACCGAGCCCCCUCUACAUCCAUCACUCCUACACAGACGACAUGCCCUACGAGUCAAAUGCCGUCAAGCUCGAGCGACUCAAAAACGUCUUGCUCCUCGCCCCCUAUCUCGAGCGAACGCUAUACUUUGGCGCCCUUGCUUGUCUGGAUGCAUGGCUCCAUACCUUCACCAUUCUACCCAUCCGCUUCAUCCUGGCCCUGGCGGUCCUGGUCAAGUGGUGGGGAUACGUCAUUGGAAAAGAGGCCGAGUGGCUUGUCGGCUUCGUGUGGCCCAGCGAUGCCUCGGACAGAGAGCGGUCGCGAAGCAGGAUGAGUGGCGCCGAGUCGUCGACUGAUGCCGGCCCGACCUACUCAUUUCGUCUCCGCGGGCGCCAACGGGCCGAGUCGCACGUGGACAGCACUGAUGAAGAACGAACCAAGUCGCUGCCGUCGAGUCUGUCGGCCUUUCACAAGGCAGACUUGCUGCAGGGGGCAGUCAUCAUCUGCAGCUCACUGGCUCUGAUGACGCUGGAUGCCAGUCGCAUGUAUCAUUUCGUCCGCGCGCAGUCAGCCAUCAAGCUCUACGUCAUAUUCAACAUUCUUGAGGUUGGUGACCGGCUCCUGUCGGCCCUCGGCCAAGAUAUCCUCGAGUGCCUCUUCAGCGCCGAGACGCUGUCGCGCAACUCGUCUGGACGGUCAAAGAUCUUCCUGCCACUGACCAUGUUCCUGCUCGCCCUCGUCUACAACUGCCUGCACUCUAUUGCCCUUUACUACCAGGUCAUCACGCUCAACGUGGCAGUCAACUCGUACUCCAACGCCCUCCUCACCCUGCUUCUCUCCAACCAGUUUGUCGAAAUCAAGAGCACCGUUUUCAAGCGCUUUGAGCGAGACAGCCUGUUCCAGCUCACGUGUGCCGACAUUGUGGAGCGAUUCCAGCUCUGGGUCAUGCUGCUCAUCAUCGGCAUGCGCAACGUCGUCGAGGUCGGCGGCCUCUCCGUGCCCGGCGCGGGUGUCGACUCGGCCUACGAAGACGGCUCUGGCCCGGGGCCGCUCCAUCCGCCGUCCAUACUGCCACACAGCUUUACCGUGUUGCCGUCGUGGCUCAUGUCCGGCGAGGUCCUGUCGCCGUUUCUGAUUGUGGUGGGGAGUGAGAUGCUGGUCGACACCAUCAAGCAUGCGUACGUGACAAAGUUUAACAACAUCAAGCCUGCCUUUUACAGCAGAACGCUCGACAUCCUGUGCAAGGACUACUACGCAAAUGCAUUCACCACUCCGGCCUUGACGCGGCGCCUGGGGCUGGCCGUGAUUCCCCUGUCGUGUCUCUUCAUCCGCGCAUCCGUUCAGACGUACCACAUGUUUCUGUCCACCAAGAUCCCGAUGCCGAUGCCGCAGUCGACGCAGACGUCGCUGAGCGAGGAGUCUGCAACGCCUUCAUCGCCCGCCAUGAUUGCCGCGCUGAGCCGCUUCGACGCCCUCAUCCGAGACUCGCUCGGCCGCGCUACGUACGGCUACCCGUACGGCUCGCCGCUCAACUCGCGCCCCUGGUACUCGUGGACCUCGGACGACCUCAUCGCCGCGCUGACCAUGGUCGUCGUCUUCUUCAUGGCCUUUCUCGUGCUUCUCAUCGUCAAGCUCAUCCUCGGCAUGGUCCUGCUGCAGUACGCGCGCAACCGCUACGCCAAGAUGAAGCAAAAGGACAGCAUGAUAGCGCUCGGCCAGGCGGAGCGCGAGACAUACGAGACGCGCGGUCGGCGAGUCGGCUGCCGGCCCGAGGUGGAGAUUGGCGAGGACCGGCAGCGCUGGAUAAACGCCGACGCGUCAGAGGGCCUGCCGGGCGCCAAGAGGGCCGGCGAGGACAAUAAGAAGAUAAAGACGUCGGGCGACUACCAGGGCGUUUUCCGCUACGAGAUGGUGGCCAAGCGCAUCUGGUGA